AUGAGAAGUGUGGAAUUUUCCGAAAUCGAGCAGGACAAGGAGAAUAUCCAGUCGCUCAGAGAGGGGAGGUCCGCCUUUGGACUGGCCAAGCUGUUCAAGUCAGAGCGGACGCGAGACAAGAGCCAGGAAGCACGUGGACGAUUUGAAGAGAAGCUGAAAAUUUUGGAAGAACUCGACGACCCACUGGAGCCAUUUGUGGAAUACCUUGGUUGGCUGAAUGGCAAUUUUCCUCAGGGAUCAUCCGAACGGGUUGUGGUGUUGCGUCAAUGUGCAAGCCACUUCGUUGAAGACGAUCAGUACAAAAACGAUAUUCGUUACCUCAAGAUAUGGCUGGAAUACUGUGUCUACGCGGAGAACCCCUAUGACUCGUUUGUGCUUGUGUUCAGGAAGGGAAUUGGAAGGGACUUCGCACUCUAUUAUGAGGAGUUCGCGAAGUAUCUGGAGGCCAACAGGAAACACUCUGACGCCAGUGAGAUCUACCAGAUGGGCAUCGACUAUCAGGCCAGACCUGUUGCAAGACUGACGAGGUCAUACAAUAACUUCAAACUGCGAUUUGACCAGCUAUCCCCUGAAGAAAGAGAAGGUGACCGCCAGACGAGAAACUUGAGACAGACACUUGAUAUUAUGAGAAAUGGCGACACAAGGGCUUUAACUAGACAGACGAUACCGGCGCUGGAGCAGAGGAAGAGAACAAUCUCUGUGCUUCGCGACGAGGAGCCUCAGCAGCAUUCUUUAAGAGAGACGCUGCAGUCUAAUUCUAGAGUAUCUUCCUGGAACCUUGUGGUGAAUGGCCAAUCGGGUCAGGAGAAUUCUGUCCCUGCAACCUCAUGGGCCGGCCAAGUUGUCCCCAUGGAAGUGAGUCUAAAGCCCCAAAGCGAAAGGAUCCGGAUUUUCACAGAAAAGAAGUUCCCAGUAAAGAAGCUUGUGCAGACACCUGGAAAGAGGGACGAGCUGGUGAACAUGAAUCUGGAUAUGUUGGAAGACCCAUUGGAGGGCGAGUGUUGUGCAGAAGAAAUACUAAUGAUGGCAAGAGGGCUCUAUCGCUUCCAAAUAGAGGCGAGUAGUCCACAGGCAAAGAGAAGAUUAUCAAAUAAUAGGUUAUCGCUCGGGAAGUCUCCUUCAUCCCCAACCAUUACUAUGACGAUGUUCACGAAGGCCGCAGUUGGAGAUGUCUAUGGGAUGAUCAACCAGCCUCUUUCAGCUGAUGAUGGAGAGACCACCACCUUUUCCGAGGAAGGCGAGUACAUAACACAAACGUUAAUCCCGCUGAAGGCCUCUCAGGGAGAGGAAGGCGAGGAACAGAACGGAAAAACGGCAGAAGCAAACGAAGACGAGAAAGAAAAAGAAUAUCUUUCAAAUUUGGAUGAGGAAGAACACAGAUAUCUGUAUCCCACAAUGACACCGAUCACCGAGGUAACCGAGACAUCGGCAACCUCCACAAGAUUGUCCCCUCCAAGAGAGGAAGAGCCAGUGAGUUCUCCCUUCCUGGAUUUCAACGAGAGGCAUACCGUUACGGCUGGUUCAAACGAGAGACCUGGAUCUGCAGCGCCAUCGAUGGGAUCUGCUGUGAUCGAUCCCACAAACCGAGAGCUGAGGCUCUCGUUGUUGCACAAGGCGACCCCAUCAUUGGACUCUUUUAGAGAUUACCAUCACUUCAAUCGCAACAUGGAUAAACUCAAACAGCUUAAAAAGAAGACUAAACACUCAAAAGGAGCGAAAGGAAACGGCGAGUUCUGUCUUGAGUUGGGAGAUCUCAUGAUUGACGUUGUUGGCGAAUUGGGUGAAGGUGGAUAUGCCACAGUUUUUUACGGAGAAACAUCGCACGGGGACGUCUAUGCUAUCAAAGUAGAGGGAGACAGACCGAUUGCAUGGGAGUUUUUCCUUCUAAAGCAGAUUCAGCAGAAGUUUGAAGAGGACGCUAUGUCUCCCGCAGUGAUGGCAUCGGUAAUCAAUGCAAAGGGCUUUUACCAGUACCAGGAUGAAAGCUAUUUGUUGUUGGAUUACCAACCACAGGGAACUAUUCUAGAUCUUUUCAAUGACAUGGGUGGCAAAGUGGACGAGCAACUGACUGUGUUUCUAGUUGCCGAACUACUGAAAAUUAUCAUCGCGCUUCACCGGAUCAAAGUGAUACACGGAGAUAUGAAGGCAGAAAACUGCAUGGUGAGGUUUUCGCCUAGCCCAGACUGGGAAUCUCAAUAUAGCCGCUAUGGGUCUCGCGGAUGGGAGCAGAAGGGAGUCAAGCUGAUCGACUUUGGCAGAUCGAUCGAUAUGAGCUUGUUGCCACCGGUUCGUGGUUUCAACUGUAAUUGGAAGGAAGAAGAGUUGAACGAGCUCGAUUGCUCGGAGAUGCGCGAAAAAAGGCCAUGGACUUACCAGCCUGAUAUGUACGGAAUCGCAGCAAUCGCACACCUGCUGUUAUUCGGAAAACAUAUCCAGACUAUAAGAUCGGAUUCAGGGAGAUAUUCUGUUAAAGGACUUCCCAAGCGCGGUCUCAAGUAUGAAGAUUGGUCUGGUAUUUUCGAUGUUUUGUUGAAUCCAGCGAGCUUCUCAGAUUUGGGCGAAUUGCCCAUUCCACACGUGUUAGAGGCUCACCUAGACAAGUUAGACUCAUGGCUGGAACAAGUAACGGUCACGGGCGACCUCAAGUCGAUCAUAAUGAGGUACGAGGAAGAUACCCAUGCGAGGAGAAAGAGCGUGUAUAGGUAG